ACCUGCUACGGCGCGCGGAAGGAAAACUGUGGGAUUAAUAAAAAAGUCUAGAGGUCACCAGGCUGAGAUUAAACCCGUCCGGUAUGAUUUACUGCAGCUGGGAGAUCGCGUUAACCAUCUGCUUGUCGUUCCUGGUCGCUGGAGUGGAGAACUCGGCGGAUGAAUUGCCAGAACCAGAUAAUGUGACUCUGUCAUGGAACCCUGAGCGUUUCUCAGUAAUUGCUCAGUGGAGUAAGCCAACAGGUUUGGAUGCUGACUGUAAAGUGGACUACAAUGUUGUGUUAUGUUUAGAGAAAUGCCCCCCCACUGGCCCUGAAGCCGAGUGUUUCGACAAUCGGCGAACACCACAUUUGAACCACACAUGGAAUGUUUCUACUGAGAAGGAAAUAUGCGUCAACAUAAGGACAAAACCAGUAAAGUGUGGCCACAAGAAACCCAGCAAACCUGUACAGAAGGGCAUCUCUCCACCUCUGGCUUUAGUGAAGAACUUUACAUGUGUGUAUUACUCUCAUAUGAAGAUGAACUGUACCUGGAGUUUAAUCAGUGAGACCUCAGAUCUCCAGCUCUUUUACAGAAAUGCAGAGAAUGAUAGUCUGAAGCCAUGUACCUAUAAACUCACCUAUGGUGACAUGAAAACAGGAUGCCACCUAGAUGACAUAGACUUCCAUGCUGACGUCCAGUUCUUCAUUUUCAGUGGAUCUACAAAGAGUUCCCAAAUUCAAAACCUCUUUAUAAUAGAGCCACGUAAUUCAGUAAAAUCAGAACCACCAAAACUUGACAUCAAAAGGGAAGGUGAACGUAUAUUUCUUAAUUGCAGCACUCCAGAUUUCAGAUUUCCCUCCAGAAACAAUUGCUGGAAAUACAAGUUUACUUACAGCAAAUGCGAUGAGAAAGAACAAAUAUUUGAAACAGAAGAAAAUGUUUUUUCUUUGGAAUAUAACCCAGCCUGCAAGUACAUGUUUCAAGCACAGACUGUAUUCUCUGAGUACUGUGGGACAACGAGAGAAAGCGAGAUGAGCGAACCUGUGUUUUUUGGUGAGAGCACUAAUCCAAAUGGGCUGUUUAUGGUGGCUGUGAUAGUCACUCCUAUAAUAGUGUCAUGCUGUCUCAUUGUGGCUCUGGUGCUAUUUAGAAGAUAUAAGGAAAUAAUUCUUCCAAAUAUUCCUGAACCAUCAUUAUUAUUCAAGGAUAUGUUUAACAGUACAAAUGAUGGAGGACAGUCAAAGAGCCUGUAUGUGCCUAUAACCGAGGUUGUGGAGAGGGAUGUUAGACUGGAGCCAAGUUCUACAUCCUUACACCCCAAAUCAUAACACAAAUCUGCAAUUCACAGAUUGUCGGCUAAAUACUGUGCCUAGUAAUGGAUAAACAGCGACUCGGUCUUAAGAGCAUAUUCAGGAGGAAACUCAGUCUAAGGCCAGUAAAUAAGACUCUGUGCUCACUCCUAUAGGGCAUUUGUUAUUUGUACUGCUACUAGUGACAACCUUUCUUCUUGCAUGGUGAAGAACUUUGAAUUCAUUCCUUGCAAGUCUGUUAUACGGAAACUUGGGACUAAAAUUCAUUGUUGUUGGAGUACAUGUGUGAAUAAUUACCUCAAGGUUUAAUCUGUUUUGUGUCCCAGUGGUAUGCUCACAACGUCUUAUAGCAGACGUUCUUAACCUGGAGGUGGUGAGCCCCAAAGGGGUCCAGACAUAGUCCCUGGGGGGUUGUGAGUGUGAUGCUAAUUGAGGGCAUUUUCUUCACAAAUUGUGCAGAGAUUUAGAAAUGAGGGGAGGGUGUUAGGGGUACUCGAAAAAAACAUCAAACACCAAAUCCUGUACAAGGUAACAAUGCUGUAAAUCACAUCUUUGCAUAUUUAUUAUUAACUGUACUUUUUAUACAAAAAUCAAUGGAAAAGCUUCACUUGUAUAAAAUUGUAUAUAUCAUGUAAAUAUGUUUUUAAGAGAAAAGGACACUAAAAAUAGACACCUACUUUUCCAUGCCUAUUCUGUAUCUAAAUGAUAACUAUUAUAAAAUGCAUACUGUGUAAUUGUACUGUGAUCACUUGUAAAUAUUACAACAUUACAGCACAAAUGCAAUGGUCUUCAAAUGUAUUGUUUCUUGUAAAUAAAGUAACUAUCCUGAAAA